GUUCAGGUCAUCUACACCAUAAGGGGUCAAAGGUGAACUUUUCAUCACGGUUCGGUCAAGGGUCCAUAAUCGGGGUCCAUCUGGACAGCUGGCACGGCACCCUGAGCUUCUAUAAGAACCGCCGCUGCAUCGGCAUAGCAGCUACUCACUUGCAGAAUAAGCGUCUGUAUCCGAUGGUGUGUUCGACUGCGGCCAAGAGCAGCAUGAAGCUGAUCCGUUCACAUUCUGCGCCCACCACAUUACAGUACCUGUGCUGCACACAGCUGCGCAAAAUGCUGCCCAACUGCGCAGACGCUCUGCGCGUGCUGCCUCUGCCGCCGGGUCUGCGUCUGCUGCUGUCUAACCAGCUGGGAUGGGCGCUGACCCUCGGCUGCGCAGACGCCUGCGCACACAACAGGGAAAACAAGGCCACACAAACAGAUGAUGGCGACUAUGACGAAUACACAAGCCCAUUUCCUUCCCACAAUCCCUCUGACAACGAACGCGUCUUUAUUUCUAGUUCCUUCUCUGAUAACCCUGGUUCUUACCAUGGUAAAGAUGAGCCUCUUGAUUCUACUUCCUGUCCAGAUGAUGCGCAUUAUCAAGAUGGUGUCUCCAUAAUGGAUGUUACCUGUUACCUUGAUCCCUCCUCACCUUCUGACCUCUACUGUGGCUCCGCCCCCAGCCCUGAUCAUAAUUCCAUUCCUGACCCUACAUUUCAGCACGUAUCUGCUUCCUGUCCUUGCUGUGGCCCGCCGGUAUCUGUUUCCAGCGACGACUGUAAGGGAAAUGAUGCCAGCUCUGUGUGUAAACCGGAACACACCGGUUCUUGCAUUCUAUGCUCCUCCUACACUCCACCAGGCCACGCCUCCUUUUGGCCUGACUCCGCCUCUGAGAGUGGCUCAGACGGCUUCUCUGCAGAGCUAGAGAUGUACCAGAGGAAACGCUGCCGCUGGACAUGAGACACAAUGUUUACCUGUAAAUCACAGGUCAAAGGUCACAUUUAACGGUGACUCACACUCACGUUGUUUCAAACUCAUUUAAGUAAGACUGCACGAUUAACCUAAAUUGUGAUAUGACUGUGUGUGAUUAUACAAUCACAAAGACUGCUGUUUAAUUAAAUGUCAACAAAAGAAAAUUGGUAAAGAGAAACACUUAGAAACAAUGUUGUUUGCAAAAAAAAGGGGAUUCAG